UGCGAGACGGAAAGUAAACAAACAUGCACAAAUGUGCAAAGGCUGAAAUUUUGACGACGAGAUUAAUGGGCUAACUACUUUGUAUAAAAUCAUAGAAAAGAAAUGGCGUCAGCUUUAUCAAUGUCGUGCGACGCAGAGUUAAAUGAAUUGGUCACGUGUGGCGUCUGCUUGUGCGAAUUCGACACAGACAAUAGAAAACCAAAAUUUCUUCCAUGCUCACACACAAUCUGCUUGUCGUGUUUGAAGGAAAUCAACCGGAAUUACAUGGUUGCAUGUCCCUUCUGUCGAAACAUAUCUACCCAAAUACAUGUUGCCAAUCUUGCCAACAAUUCUUAUGCUCUCCAAAUGCUUAAACUCAAAGAGAAGAAGCAAGAAAACACAAUUAAACCUGCCCCAUUGAAGGGACCUAGUUGGUGCUUCACAUGUGGAACAGUGACGAAAGAUACCUGCACAACACCUGAUCACUCCCUGGUCAAUUUGACAGCUGACACAAUCAAGAACAUGGAAGACUUUAUAAGUCUCAAAGAAGAUUUGCAGACAAUGAAGAACGAAGGAACAAACAAAUUAGCCAUGGCCAUUCACAAGCGACAAGAAAUCAAAGAACAUUUGGAUUUCUUAACGAAAUCCUUCAAAGCCACAAUGGAAGAAAUUGAUGAGCUUCAAGAUGAAAAUAAUCUCAUCUUGACUCAAUUGGUCUCUACUUUGGAAGGAAACGGACCGAAAUCACUUCCGGCAACUGGAGACACUAAACAAGAGAUUGAAGAUUUUUUCUUGUCAGGCCUAGAAUCUUUGAUGAACGAUUCUUUGAGCCCGGAUGACACGGCGGAAGCACUUAAAGUCAAGUUAAACAAAUCCAUCGAAAUGUUUGAAGAGCAGUUCCAGGAAGCCACAGCCAAGGCUUCCGAGUACGAGUUCCAGAACAAUACAAAAAUCAAAAUCAUUUUACUUGAUGAAAUGGAUCAACCUAUUCCGACGUUUCCGUUGCUCGAGGGUGGAUUCUGUUUGGCCAAAAAGAAAAAGUUGAACGCUAGCGUCCGGCAAGAUUUGAAUUUACUAUCACAUCUCGUCUUUUCGCUGUUGAGAAAACAAAAGAUUAGCACGAAAGCGGAGGCUUCCGCUGUUCCCUCCGCUUAUCAGGGCACUGAUCCUGUUGUAUUUGCCAAAUCCGCACUGGACAACACUAAAAGCGGAGUGAAUAAAGCCUUGUCUUUUUUCCUCGAUUCGGAAUCAUUUGCCUUUCCAUUCGACUCUCCUUUUACAUCCGGCCCUUCCGGUGAACUCAAUUCCGCGAUCCCGCUGCCACUUUCCAAUAAAUUUAUCCUCGGCCAAUCCAUUUUCAUCUUCCGGCUGUUCCAGUCGGGCGCCUUGAAGGGCGAAAUCCACAUACAACCUGUUAUCACCUUUCAUCCGGAUUUCAUGAACAUAUUGGGCAUCAACUGUUUCAAAACUCCCAAACACUUUUGCAAUUCCAUCGAAAAGGCCGUCUCGGGAGUGUUUGUCUUGUUCCCGAUGGCCCGCCCACAGUUUCAACCCGUUUUACCGGACAUGGUGGCCAAAUUCCCUGGGCAUUUGCCUAGCAACGAGAUGGCGUGCAGCUUGGGUGAUGUCGGCGUCAACACGAUUUCCACCUGUGAUAAUGCCGUCACUGGCUGGAGCUUCCUGUUCCCUCUGGAAAAUUACAGAGAUCCCAAAUUCGCCAUGCAUUUGAAGACGUUGCCUUCAGCCCGUCUAUUCGGCAAAGUCCUUCACCUGAACAUGCUCGACGCAAUAGGUCAGCUGUGCUGUACCAGCAGGUCCGGUAGGACCGGCUACUCCGUAACUUUGGAAUCGAGAUAAAUCCUUUUUUUCAUUUCAUACUAAUUUUUCUUAAUACCUUUUUUUAAAAAUUUCACUACGAAUUAACAGAAGUUAAAAUGGAAAUUGCAAUAAACGUUGAUUUGAUCAUUUCAAAUGGUUUCCCCAUUAUCUUUGGGGUUAAAACAAGGAUAUGUGAAUAGCCACAAAUCGGAUGUAUUGGUCGUGAUUUCAAUUAAUCUUCAAGCCUCAAAUUUCCCCUGUUUGUUCGCCACUUCCCUUUUAUGUGUUUUUUUUAGGAAGGUGAUUACUUGGAAUUUCCUGUCACGUGCCUUGACUGCCUUCAAUGUUAACCAACACCUUCCUUAGCUCCUCCAAGUAUAUUGAAUUGUAAAUUCUAGUGAGACGGAGGUCGAUCAACAUGGCGGGCGUUCCAAUUAAAUUCAAAUUUUCUCUUUUCACCUUGGCCAUCCUCUGUGGACUUUUGGCUCUAAGUUCUUCAAGCGAAUUCUACGAUGAAGAACGAGACGAUCGAUCCGCCGAGUUGGAGGAAGAUUCCCGACAGUACUACGCGUACGGGCGGAGACCGGUACAACAGGUCCACCAUAAUCACUACGGACAGUACCACUAUCCACAACCCGUAAGGCCGGUGGCUCCGCAAUUGCCCGUAUGCGGUAAUCACCCUCAAUGCAAAUCGUGUAAAGCUCCGACUGUUCCGAAUUACCAACCCAAGUCUCCAUCUGCCCGCUCUGCUCGUCAAACAAGUUUCGUAGAAGAGGAGAGCCAGAUUGAAGAAUUCCGUUCCGAGGAAGAUUAUGAAACGCGUUAUUACCAGCCGGUGAAGCAGUAUCACUACCAAACCACCCAGCAGUAUUACUACCAAACCACCCAGCCACCUCGCCGUCAGUGUAACGCAGUUUGCAAACCACCAGUUCCGGUCACGACUCAAAAGCCCUACGUCCAACAAACACAGGCCUAUCAACAUUACCAGCAGCCGCAAUAUCCACAAUACCAGCAGCCGCAAUACCAACAGCCGCAAUAUCAAUACCGGCCAUACGGUCGCUAAUCGUUCCAUCAUUUCGAAAUCAUUCUAAUCACACCACCAAAUUAUUAUUAAUGCAUUUCUUUGUGUAAAUGAUAAUUGGUGUGUGUGUGUAUGAUGAUUUGAUAGCGAUUGUUCCAGACGGAAUCCAAUAAAAAACCGCAAGUAGAAGUAGAA